GGAGAGGUUGGGCGUGCCAUACGCGCAUGCGUGGGGGCCGUGUUCGCGCGUCAGUUCGAGAGGCGACGAGAGCUCGUCACACUUCAGCGAGGGUGGGAGCGUCUCUGCGCAUGCCCAGGUGCUGUGGUAAAUGUUGAGGCGUGCGGAUUCAGGCUCCUAGAGAGAAAAGACGUGCUCAUUCUCACACUCCAGGCUGCCUGCCCCUCGGCCCAGGCUCUAGUCUGCGCAUGCCCAGGCAACGAAUCGGUUACGCCUGUACUCGUAUGGUGAGGACAGGAAAGGUGUUCCACACCGGACAUCAAAUUCAAGGGGACCGUCUGUACUUUUCAUCUAUGACAGCACGGUUGAUCAGACAUCCUUGCAAGAAAAACCUAGCCCUGUAUUUAGGACAACAGGUUUUUUUGACAAGAGAUAACUUUGAGAGUAGUGUCAUUCCGUUUUCCAUCCCUACAUCAAUGAAGGUCGGCACACCAGAGCUAACAGCAGCACAUUUUGCGGGUUCAGUAUUACUGUUUAUCAUCAACCGAAAAGUCUAUGUCUAUGAUUAUGAAACCGAUUCCUGGAAUGCAUCUAUAGGCAUAGAACACCCCGUUUCACAUAUGUCCGGUGAUAAUUGUUGUUACAGUGGGAGUCCCUCCUGCCUGGAUAUAAGCAAAUCAGUUUUUGCUUAUUUGCUUGGAGAUCAGCUAUCUCAGGCCAAUGUGUAUUUCUCGGAUACCCAGGGAUACAGCUUUCAGAAGUUUGCACACAAAAGACAGGCAGAACCGGACGGGACCUUGGGUGGCAUCUUCUACUUCCACUCCUUGUCACAGGUUGGGACGCUGCUCGUCAAUCAUGGGCAGGCCAAGUUCAGCUACUCGGACCACCCCCUGAACCUCACCUUUGUGCUGCCCUUUAACUACAGUGAGCCGCUGGAGGUCCUCAUCGUGCCCGGACAGAGAGGCUUUCUCAUCUUCUGGUUUGAGAAGAGCCUCUUGGUUUCCGUAAACGAAGGUCAGCUUGUCAAACCCGUUGUGGUGCAGAAAGGACGCCGCACAUUGUAUUCUUCCAUUUCUGAGGCCAACAUCAGCAUCCGCGGCGUGGCUGCCAACACACAUCAGCUGGCAGUUCUAACGCGGGAGAACACUGUGUAUUACGGUAACCUGGGAUACCUGUCCAAUUCCCUGAUCAAAUUUCCGAAGGGACACAUCUGGUCCCAGGAGGCAGCCCUGAUGUUCACGGACGUGGGGAUGCUGGAAAUACUGACCCCGGUGCCCGAUCCGGUGUUUCCAGCUUUUGAUUUCCAGAGGUGCCUCGUGAAUGUUCAGGCGAGUCUCAUGGACCUGCAUGUCGACGACUGCAAGGUAGAGCUUCUGGAAGGAGACUUUGCAGACAAAAUGUAUACCGUUGACAUGUACGGCACAUUGGAGCUGACAGCGCUGAUGGUACCCAAGGCAGGCACGUCACCAGUGCCGCUGCCAAUGCUGAGCAACCCCCACUCCCUGGGGAUACACGACGCCAUCAUGUAUGAGGACGGCUACAGGUACGACGGGAGGACCAUGCACAGAAUGAACAUUUCCCUGAGGCAGCAGCAGUUCUGCGGCAGGGCUGACGCCAACUUCACUUCCGACAUAAAAAGACCCACAAUGUCCACCAUCUCUCUGGACAUAGACGACAAGGAAAUUUCCUGUGUGGACCUCAAGCCACUGACGGCGCUCAUCUCAGUCGGCUGCGACCAUGAGAAAGAGAUCGUCGUCCGGAAGGAGGUCUCGGCCUGCUACAAGGGCAUUCUAGACAUCAUGGCCCUGAGUGACAAUUACAGCUACGUCAUUGAGAGGGACGCCUACGACCCCAACUUCAGGGGGCAGAAGGCCACUAAGGACCAGGUGGUGCACUACCCGUACGACAGGCUGGGCUGCCCCGACCUCGUCUACUACGACAACCCAUGGAAGCCUGUGGUGGAGAUGUGGCGGAAAGGAAAGUUCCAGGAGGUGGUCCACACGGAGUACGUCCUGCAGGAGGUGAACGGGCUGUUCACGUACACGUACUCCCUGAGCGCCCGCAGCGCGCUCUGCAGGGCGCAGCCGCAGAACUGGACCACCGUCAUGGAGCCCGCGGGCGGCGAGGGGCGCUCGGCCUGGCACCGGGAGGUAAGGGCCGCCUUCCGUUCCCACAAGAGGUCCCGGCGACACGUCGUGGGCGGCCAGGUGGCGGCUGCUGGUCACACCCAGUGUGUUCGGGGACGGGCUCCGUGCGCUGGGGCUGCUGUGCCCCCACCACAGAUCAGGACCGUGCGACCGCAGACCCCCGCUCCCCGCGGUCCCGGAGGCCGGGGGCCCAAGGCCACGGUGACGGCAGCGUCGGUGUGCGGGCCGGGCCGGGCCCACCUCCCGGCUCACAGACGUGCUUCCCGCCGCGUCCUUGCGCGGCGGAGGCAGAGGAGCGAUCCCGUCCCGAGGGUGCGACCCUCCUGCGCUAAUCGCUUCCCAAAGAGCCCGCCUGCCCCCAUCACCUUAGGGAUCAGGCUUAGGCGGACGCAUCUGGGCGCGCCAGGAGCAUCUAGUCCGCAGCGUGGGUGGGGGUGCUGGGAGCCCCACCGAGCACACCAGGCCGUCGGCCGCUCCGGGGAAUGCAAGACCAGCCGGUCCCCUGCGAAUCUCGCCCAAGGGAAUUGCCCAAAUGGUCAGAGGUGUCGCGCCGAGGGUGGCCCUCCCGGGAGCCUGCGGCUCCGGUCACGCAGCUGCGCCAAGCCAAGGGCGCUUACACCGAGCCGCCAACAGGUGGCGCUCGCCGCCCGCGUGCACCGGCUCGUAACGAACCGUUUCAAAGAGGGCCGCCCACUCGGGCAUCUCGCACGUUCAGUGUUGCGCAAGCACCUCUCCCCGGGUCCCACGGAGCGCCACCCCUGGUGUGGACACCUGUGUGGCCUUUGUCGAAUCAGUACUGCACGACCGUGCCGGGGGCUGCACUUGCGUGCUUUUUACAGGCUCUCGGGCUCAAAACAGCGCGCCGGCUGCAUUUAAGAGAUUGUCCCGUUACUGUUUUUUCUUUCAUCAGCCCUGGGGAGGGGGAAGUUUUGGACAACAUGCGGUUUCUUCCUACCGAGUUAGAGCGCAGCCCCUCGGUUCUGAGCGCACCACUGGAUGGACUGUAGGCCCAGUCGCUUAGCCCCUGAAGACCCCGAGGUGGGGCCGGCUCUGUCA